UCUCAUUUCCAUUGUUUUUUUUAUAAUACAACAGAAUCAGUGGUGAUAAAUCUUGGAAUUGUUGUUUGAUUAAAGAUAUGAGUAUUAGGAGAAGCAAAGUUGUUGAUGUGUCUUCUUUCUUGCUCUUCGAGGCUACCGGCGAUUCGGAAUCCGUCUGUAAUUUCGAUGCCGCCAUGGCGGAUAUCAACGGUGGAGAAGAUGACGAUGACGCUGAGUCGUGUAGCUCUGAUACUGUUCUUCCUGGUGUUAGACAUACUGGCAGCUUAGAAAACAAAUUUGCUUAUAUCGGCGGUGAUAUUGAUGAUGAAGACGACGAAGAUGACGAUGGAGUGGUGGAGCAAAGGGAGGUCCAAUUGUAUAAGAAAUGUUGCAGGGACGAUCAACGUAUUAAUGGUGUUUUUGUGGCGAAAGAAAAGAAACCCUCCUCGGCUGUUCCCAUCGAUAAUUCCAACGAAACCAUGGAUGAGAUGGGAAAGAACAGGCUGUUUUGGGAAGCGUGUUUGGCCUCUUAGAAAAUCUGGGUUCUUCUUUCUUUCCUUUUGUCCGACUCUCCUCUUUGUCCCUUCUUUAUUUCUAUUGUUUGAAAUUGGUAUACAGAUGAACAUGAUUCUAUCUAUCUAUAAGAAGAAAACAUACAAAUGAAUCGAUGGAAAUGUAGUUUGUUUCUCUGGGAAUUAUUAGAUUAUAGAUGAAUGUCGUGGGUUUAGGGUUUUAUAAAAUUAACCUAUAGAGAAUCUGUCAUUUUCUGAAAAAAAAGGGAAGAACAGCCAUGAAAGCUUUCACGUCAAGAAUCC